AUGGCUGAACAUACGCCGGCUCCUUAUGCACCGAGAUCAGUUUAUGGAUAUGCAUUAUAUAUAAGUUCAAAUUUAUUAAUUUUACUUUAUUUAAUUUGGGCAUUUGUUCCCGAAGAGUUUUUAAAUGAUUAUUUAGGUUUGACUUAUUGGCCUUCAAAAUAUUGGGCAGUUGCUAUUCCCGUUUGGGCAAUAUUUGCAAUUUUACUAUUUGGAUUUGUUAUUUAUCCUGCGAUUAAUAUGUUACUUACUCCAGAUAUUGAUGAUAUAAGGACAAUCACUGAUAAAUAUUCUGUUUUGGAAUGCAAAACUACCACUGGUGGCAUACCGCCAAUUUCUGACAUACCGAUAACUCAAGUUUGUAGAACUUUGUACUUCCCUGAUGAUAAUGAGAACGAUCAAAUUUAAAUAAAGUGGAAUGAGGGAAAGAAAGAUUCAAAAUCAUUGAAUUAAUUUCAAGUUUAUAUAUUUUUUUAUAUAUAAUCGGCAAAUCAAUUUAAUCAUUUUUAAUUAAAUUGAUCGUGGAAACCAUUUUGAAAGAAAAGAAAUUCUACAGCGUCGAACUUGUUUCUUAAAAAGAUUGUAAAAAUAGUCAAUGGUAGAUGGCAUCUACCCCCUUAAUUAUUUUUGUAAAUAAUAAAAUUCUUUUUUAGGAAUUCAAUUACUUUCAUAAAUAAUAAAACUAAUCAAAUAUUUUUAAUAAUAAAA